AUGAGUGCUACGCGCAGUAGAACAUGCUUGAGCUGUAAUAGGACCUUCUCGAAAGCCGAGCACCUCACGCGACACUUGCGGAGUCACACUAAUGACAGGCCCUACGAAUGUCUGAUCUGUGGCAAGUUGUAUUCCAGGAGUGAUGUACUACGCCGGCAUGAAAAGAUUCAUCAGACAGCCUCGCCUCAGUCUCGAGAGCGUCCAGCAGGCGAGAAGGCAAUGUCGACGCCAUCAUCCCAGCAGGCAAUCAACCCUUCAGAUGCACCAACAGGCACCUACCUGGUGCCAGAGCAUCAGCUGCAUUUCGUCAACCCCAUUCAGCAUAGUGAGCCCAGCUCUUCUUGGUCUCCAGGAGCGCUUCUCGAUGUCGACGCGCUGGAUUUCACCUUGACCUCGGCGAUUUCGGAAUGGGCGCAACUGCCCCCCAUCCUGUCCAUCCCGAGCUUGACUGAUACCGGCCCCUUCCUUACCCCCACCUCAAUGCAGACUGCGGAAUUGCCAGGUGACGUUGUGAAGCGAAGAUGGUUUACGCGUCUGACUGUACCGGAAGACACACCGGCUUCCCAGAACAAUUCCGGCACUCGGGGCGGGGAGGUUGGUCAGGGAAACCUCGCGGCCGAUGAAACCUAUCGAGCAGGCCUCUCGCAGAAACUCCAACCUCGCAUGCACGAUGAGGCUCUUCCCUCAGCGGAGCAGCUCAAUCUCUUCGCCAACCAAUUCUUCACUCGCUUUCACCCACUUCUGCCGAUCGUGCAUGUUCCCUCGUUCAAGCCCACCACUGAGAACUCGUUACUAUUCAUCUCAAUCUGUUCGGUUGGAAGCCUAUUUGUAGGGUCGUCACACGCGGUCGCGCAAGGGAAUCGACUGUUUGAGAGGUUGAAUAAAGCGAUUUUGGCGUCCUGGGAGUCAGUUCUGGCUCGCAGCUGCUCCGACGCGUUGUCCAUGGUUCAAGCAGCGAUCAUCGGCCAGACAUUUGCCAUUCUCUCCGGCCGUCCCAAGGACCUCAUUCUGGCGGGUGUUCUGCAUGGCACGGUCAUGGCCUGGGCGCGUGAGUCCGAUAGGAGUGCACUGCCGCUGCCCGUGACCCCCCGAGGUCUCGACCUCGAUGAAGCUUGUUUGGGCGAGCAGUGGAGUCGAUGGAUUGAUCGCGAGCAGCGAUUGAGGGUCAAGAUCGCCCUGAACAUCCAUGACGCGGAACUCGCGAGUCUAUUGCACCAUGAGCCCAUCUGCAAACAUCGGCUCACGCAGUACCCUCAUUUGGCCUCGGAUGCAUUGUUCACGGCGCCUACGGCGGUGAAAUGGGCCAGAGCUUACAAACUCACGACGACUCCAACGAGCCCUCGAAUGUCGAACACGUACCUCGACAACAUUCUCCCAGGAGAUUCUAGAUUUGCAGCCUACGGACUACUUGAGAGCAUCAGUGCCCACGUCAGUGAGGCUCGACGGUCGAAUACACUCGAUGACCAGGAAGUGGGGAGAUUAUCCCACAUGCUCAUGUGGUGGUGGGGGAGCAAUAGCACCCAGUCUACCUUACACGACAACGAGGACGACCCCUUUGCGUUGCAAAUCUUGUGGCACUCCACCUACAUAGCCAUCUACGCCGACCUCGACCUGCUGGAACGAGCCAGCGGCCGGGAUGGGGAGUCUGCUGCGCAAGCCAGCUACCCGCUUGUCCGUUCUUGGUCGGGGUCACUAGGCGCAAGUAAAUGCCUGGUUCAUGCUUUCCUACUGCAGCGUUACGUGGAGAAGAUGCGUGUCGCCGCCGAGCCAGCCAUCCACAUCCCUCGAGGUCUAUUUCACGCCGCUUUGUGCUGGUUCGCCUUUACUCGAAUUGGAGGCCAGCAAGGCGUCGAUGUUAGGGCGUUCGAGGCUCCGGAAGUCCAGUUGUCAGACAGCCAUGCGGCGCCGCCUGGCGCACUCGGAAAGGCUGGCAGAGACUGUAUCUUGGCGGACGCCAACCAGGUGCACCGCUUGAUCGAUAUGCUGAGCCGAGUCGGACGAUGGGGCAUUUCAUCUUCAUUCGCUUCGGUGUUGUGUGCUGCGAUAGAGGGUCAUUCUGGGGCAUAG